GAAUCAUUUAUUGUGAAAUUACUUACAAGUGCUGUUAAACAUCUUCUCUGGCAGAAUAUCGGCUUCUUUCAUCAUCUCUGGCAGAAUAUUGGCUUAUUUCUUAGUUGUAGAUCGUUCGUCUGUAUUUUUCUGUUUUUUUUUUCUUUUUUCGUUGUGGGUCUGUUUUGUUUUGCAGGAUAGGAGGGCUAUGAAAUCCCCAAAGAAGGCUUUUAGGAGGACUGAGGAAAGGCAGAGACAUCCCAUGCAAGAAAAUUCUAAUGUAGGAAGUCAUCUGAUCAGGCGCAAUAGUGAUAGAUUUAUUCCCGAUAGAGCUUCCAUGGAUUUGGAUGUGGCUCGGGUGUCCCUGAAUGAUGAGGAAAAAGAUUACAGUAGUUGCCCUGUUAGUCCUUGUGCCUCUAGAGAAGCUUACAGGAAACAUCUCUCUGCAACAAUGUUUCCCAAAUCGAGGAUUCUUGCUUUUCAAAACAAACCCCCUCCAGCACAAGAAGCCAUUAACAAUAGUACUCUUUACUCGUCUGCUCCUCCUCCUCCUUUUCAGCCCAAGUCCAGAACACAUCGAUACAUUCCGCAGUGCCCGGAGAAGACUCUGGAUGCUCCAGAGAUUGUGGAUGAUUACUACUUGAAUCUCAUGGACUGGGGUGAAAAAAACAUAUUAGCCAUAGCGCUUGGGGAUACCGUGUACCUGUGGGAUGCCUCCACGGGCCUUAUUUCAGAGCUGGUGAGCAUGACUGAGGAGGAGGGCCCUGUAACCAGCGUUAACUGGGCCUGUGAUGGGAGACACAUUGCAGUGGGUCUGAAUAACUGCAACGUGCAGAUAUGGGACACAGAGAGCAAUCGGCAGCUGAGGACAUUGAAAGGGCACGCUGGAAGAGUGGGAUCCCUGGCAUGGAACCAGGCCCAACAUUCAAUUCUCACAUCAGGCGGUCUAGACGCCAAGAUUUUGAACCACGAUGUUCGGAUCCGGGAGCACAUUGUGAAUGCAUAUAGAGGGCAUGAACAGGAGGUGUGUGGGUUGAAGUGGUCGGAGUCUGGGCAACAACUAGCCAGUGGAGGAAAUGACAAUCUGCUGCACAUUUGGGACCAGAGGAGGAGCAUGGCCACUCACCGUUUGGAUGCCCACCAAGCUGCAGUAAAGGCAUUGGCCUGGUGCCCAUUCCAGAGCAAUCUGUUGGCAUCUGGAGGAGGAACUGCAGAUAGGUGUAUUAAAAUGUGGAAUACUCACACAGGUUCCUGCCUUAAUUCUGUGGAUACUGGCUCUCAGGUGUGUGCCCUCUUGUGGAGUAAGCACCAGAGAGAAUUGCUCAGUUCUCAUGGCUAUAGCCAAAAUCAACUCACUUUGUGGAAGUAUCCUUCAAUGACCAAAAUGAUUGAUCUUACUGCCCACACUUCUAGAGUACUCUAUCUAGCACAGAGUCCAGAUGGGUACACAGUGGCUUCUGCAGCAGGAGAUGAAACCCUCAGAUUUUGGCAAGUAUUCGGAGCUCCAGACACCCCAAAGAGCACUAGAACCAGUACAGCUAUUGCCGGGGGGACUUUUAAAAAGUAUCUUACUCACAUUCGUUGAAGAAAAUAGGAGACUAACACAUCCUCAAGGGUCUCAGGUGCGCACCAAUUUGUAUAUUUUGUUAUUUUUUUGUCCAUAUUGUUUUCUCUUCUAACAAUCUUUAGUGUAGCUCCUCUUUUAAGGCAUUGACUGUCAAUAUCUAUUGAUGUCUGCCACAAUAUUACAUUUCCUGGCAUUUAUAAACGCCGCCAGUUUAGUGGCAAUUGGUUA